AUGUACCUUCUCAUCCACAUUUGUGUGUUGUGAACAAUAAGGUGUUACUUUUGCAGCAGUUAUUGAGACGUUUUCAAUCGACCACCUCAGCCUUGACUCAUUGAAGCAUAUGCAACAUUACACAUCUUUUUAACAACUAUUUUGCACAAAUGUUGCCACUGGCAGUGCAACCUUGUUUUUUUUAUCCAUUUGCAGAGCCCGGUGGGGUCCCCAUGGAUGACGUUUACUAUGUCGGAGUGGACGUGGGCACUGCCAGUGUGAGGGCUGCUCUCGUGACCAGGCAUGGAAGGCUGAAGACCACAGCUCAGGAGCCCAUCAGCAUCUGGGAGCCUCACACUGACCAUUAUGUGCAGUCCUCGGAUGAGAUCUGGAUUAAAUGCUGCGUCGUUGUAAAGGAAGUCACCAGGGGGCUGGACAAGAGCCAGGUGAGAGGGAUAGGCUUUGAUGCCACCUGUUCUCUUGUGGUGUUGGACCAAAGCUUCCAGCCUGUAGCAGUCAAUCAGGACGGUGAGAAUCAGAGAAAUGUGGUAAUGUGGAUGGAUCAUCGUGCUGCGGAGCAAGCCGCUCGCAUCACAAGCGGGGGCCACAGUGUCCUGAAUAGGGUUGGAGGGGUCAUGUCACCAGAGAUGCAACCUCCGAAACUUCUCUGGCUUAAAGAGAAUCUAAGGGAAAUCUGCUGGAACAAAGCCGCUCACUUUUUUGACCUUCCAGACUUUCUGUCAUGGAAGGCAACAGGCUCUUUGACCAGAUCUCUAUGCACCCUGGUAUGCAAAUGGACCUAUUGCCCUCCGGAGGGAUGGGAUGUGAGUUUUUGGACUUCAAUAGGACUGAAGGAUCUCACUGAAAGCAACUUUUCCAAAAUAGGAAGCGAGACAUGUUCUCCAGGCAGCCCUCUUGGGGAUGGCCUGACCCAGGAGGCAGCGGCAGAUUUGGGUUUAGAUCCAGGAACUGCAGUUGGGGCUUCGCUCAUUGAUGCGCACGCUGGAGGGCUAGGUGUCAUAGGAGCAGAUGUAAAAGGCUUUCAGCUGCCAUGUGAAGGCCAGCCAAUCACCUCACGCAUGGCUAUGAUCUGUGGGACGUCAUCUUGUCACAUGGCGGUAGCGUCUAACAGUUCUGUUUGCCAUUCACAAAACCUCCGUGUUUGUUUAUACUUGCAUAGGUAUUACUCACUGUCAGCUGUGAUGUACAAUUACCAGAUCAGUGAACGGCCGCUGUUUGUGCCAGGAGUAUGGGGUCCGUGCCUGUCUGCCAUGGUACCUGACUUGUGGCUUAACGAGGGAGGACAGAGUGCCACUGGACGUCUGAUUGACCACGUGGUGAAGGGCCACGCUGCCUACACGCUGCUCCAAGAAAAGGCACGGCGAAGAUGUCCUGCUACAGGCGACGGCAUCUAUAGCUACUUGAAUGGCCACCUGAGUCGAAUGGCUGCUUCCUGUUCAGCUGUUGACCUGCUGGGCUCCAGUCUUCACGUGUGGCCCGACUUCCAUGGGAACAGGUCGCCCCUGGCUGACCCCACCUUGAAGGGCAUGGUGGUUGGGCUGUCUCUCUCGCAAACCCUGGAUGACUUAGCUGUGCUCUACUUGUGUACCUUGCAAGCCCUGGCCCUCGGUACGCUUCAUAUUCUGGAGGCCAUGAAAGAAGCAGGACAUGAUAUUAAAACCAUCUUCUUAUGCGGAGGGUUGAGCAAAAAUGCCCUGUUUGUGCAGGUUCACGCCAAUGCUACAGGGUUGCCUGUUGUGUUGCCCGACCAGACAGAGGCUGUGUUGGUGGGAGCAGCAGUCCUGGGGGCUUGUGCGUCCCAGGACCAUGGCACGAUACAGGACGCAAUGUCCGAGAUGGCCAAGGUGGGAAACGUUGUUGAGCCUGAUCACAACCUUCUGAGCUUUUACCAAAGAAAGUACAAAGUGUUCCGGCUUCUUGCAGACCACCAGAGGGAGUACCAGGCCCUCAUGAACACAUUCGGGGCUGACUGUCCUUGACUGUGGCUUUGUGAUGUCACACGGAACACUGGAGACAAGCACAUAACAUCUGCUCUGCAUUUCUCACUAUCAGUCUUUUAAGAGUUCCAAAUAAAAGUGUUUUUGUA